UGGGCGUGGCCGGCUCAGCUCAGCGGCCAUGGCGGCUCACCUCAGCUCGGGCCGCGUCCCGUUGACGGCGCUGCGGGAAGCCGGGCGGAGGGAGCUGCGCGCCUUCCUCGACAAAUGCGCCGGAUCCAAGGCCAUUGUGUGGGAUGAGUAUCUUACUGGGCCCUUUGGAUUAAUUGCGCAAUAUUCUCUUCUGAAGGAACAUGAGGUGGAGAAAAUGUUCACCCUCAAAGGUGGUCACCUUCCACCGGCUGAUGUCAAGAACAUUAUUUUCUUUGUCCGGCCCAGGUUAGAGCUCAUGGACAUAAUUGCAGACAAUGUGCUCAGCGAAGAUAAAAUUCGCUGUCCGCAGCGGGAUUUCCACAUCUUGUUCGUGCCGCGUCGCAGCUUGUUGUGCGAGCAGCGCCUCAAAGAACUGGGCGUGCUGCACUGUUUCGUUCACCGAGAGGAAUACAGCCUGGACCUCAUUCCCUUUGACGGUGACCUCUUGUCCAUGGAGUCAGAAAACGCCUUUAAGGAGUGUUACCUAGAAAAUGACCAGACCAGCCUCUACCAUGCGGCAAAAGGACUCAUGACACUCCAGGCUCUCUAUGGAACCAUCCCGUUCAUCUUUGGAAAAGGAGAGUGCGCACGGCAUGUGGCAAACAUGAUGAUCCGUAUGAAGAGGGAGUUUUCGGGGAUCCAGAACCCCAUUCUGCCCGUCUUCGAUACCCUCCUGCUGCUGGAUCGCAACGUGGAUUUGAUCUCGCCUCUGGCUACCCAGCUGACCUAUGAGGGCCUGAUUGAUGAAAUAUAUGGAAUUCAGAACACUUACGUAAAACUUCCCCCCGAAAAAUUUGCCCCCAAGAAGCAGGGGGAGGCCGCGAAGGAGCUCCCCACCGAGGCCAAGAAGCUGCAGCUGAACUCCGCGGAGGAGCUGUACGCGGAGAUCCGCGACAAGAACUUCAACGCCGUGGGCAGCGUCUUGAGCAAGAAGGCCAAAAUCAUCUCAGCUGCUUUUGAGGAAAGACACCAUGCCAAAACCGUGGGGGAGAUCAAGCAGUUCGUCUCACAGCUGCCGCACAUGCAGGCCGCCAGAAGCUCUUUGGCGAACCACACCUCCAUCGCGGAGCUCGUGAAAGACAUCACCACUUCUGAAGACUUCUUCGAUAAUUUAACAGUGGAGCAAGAAUUUAUGUCCGGCAUCGAUACCGAUAAGGUCAACAGCUAUAUAGAAGAUUGUAUUGCCCGAAAGUAUCCUUUGAUUAAGAUACUGAGGCUCGUUUGCCUCCAGUCGGUGUGCAACAGCGGCUUAAAGCAGAAGGUGCUGGAUCAUUACAAGAGAGAAAUUCUCCAGACUUAUGGCUACGAACACAUCCUGACCUUGAAUAGCCUAGAAAAAGCUGGACUUUUGAAGCCCCAGCUGGGCAGUCGAAACAACUACCCAACCAUCCGGAAAACUUUGCGUUUGUGGAUGGACGACGUCAACGAGCAGAACCCGAACGAUAUCUCUUACGUCUACAGCGGUUAUGCACCUCUAAGCGUUCGCCUGGCGCAGUUGCUUGCCCGGCCAGGUUGGCGAAGCAUUGAAGAAGUCUUAAAAAUACUUCCUGGUCCACAUUUUGAAGAGAGGCAGCAGCUGCCAACUGGGCUUCAGAAAAAACGCCAGCAUGGAGAAAACCGCGUCACUCUCGUCUUCUACCUGGGAGGCGUGACCUAUGCCGAAAUCGCAGCCCUCCGGUUCCUCUCUCAGAUGGAGGACGGGGGCACCGAAUACGUCAUCGCCACCACCAAGCUGAUCAACGGAACCAGCUGGAUCAAGUCGCUGAUGGAGAAGCUGGAGCCCCCGCCCUUUUAAGGAGCAGCAGGGACAGACCGAGCAGGACUCGAUCGAGGUGGGGCCACGAGAUUCGGGAGAAACUGGAUGCCUUCGGAAGAGAUAAAAGGGGACGGUGGAUUCGCAGGUUGCAAAGGAAAAUGGUUUCUAAAGCUGCGGAUCCAGAAGGAAAGCUCAGCCCGGCAAUCUCGCUCCCUUGUGUCAUUCCCAGAGCUUUUAUUUAUGGUUUCUAAACCCUUCUUCCUUAGUAAAUUCUCUCAGGACAUUUCAGGACAUUUUUUUCCUAAUAUUUCCUCCUUCUUCCCAUUCUGUAGUUAGCUUGGUUUACUUACUUCACUGAUAUUCUUCAUUUUUCUCCCCAGGCAAUUAAUCAUGUCGGUGGAUUGUAAUCUAGCCGUUUUCCGUGUCGGGCUGCCAUUCUAUAGCUCGAAAGUCUGCAAAUGUGUAACAGAUCCGCCCCUUAGGUUAUACAGCUUUACCCCAAUCCUCCCAUUUUCAUGGAAUUCGCCUCCUUGAUUUGUUUCUCGCAGGUUUCCACAGCAAUCGCGGAAAUACGGUUUUGCUGCCAAUUUUGAAAAACCCUGCUCUCUUCCCCCCCCCCUCCCAUGAAAUACCUCCUGAAAUGCUUACAAUAUUGAACCAAACUCAUUUGCACAGAACAUUAUUGCGAAUAGUGGGAGAAGAGGCUACUGUUUAAUCAAAACCUCAUUCGGUUGCAAACAAACAAGCAUGUUUAAAAAAAGUGCUGGAAUAAUACUUUUGAAAUCCGAGAAGAUAAAAUGUUAUAAAGAUGCAAAUGCGGGCAUUUUCCAGCCUGUAUGUGUGUGUGAUUGCUUUUUUGAAUGUGUGCCAUUUCGACAACCAUAGUGCCAGCAGAAUCGCUCGAUAUCAUUGUGAAAACAACACAAUUCUCUCCCGUUAAACAUCAUUGUUGCGAUAGCUGCGUUACUCCCCAUUCUCCAGAGUGCCACAGCCCCAUAAUGCAAAACCUUAGAAUCAGGAAAAUCCACUGUUUCUGGACAGUGUUGACCGUGUCUCAGAGGAGAUAAUUAUAUCCUAAUAGCUUCCUGGCUAGUUUGAUUUUAGUCUAUUUUGAUGAAGGCCUGGCUGAACACAAGGCUAAUAAUUUGAUAAUAAGAGCUCCUGAUUAAAUUUCAAGUCCAUUUGUCGAGCCCUGAUGUCUAAGCCAAAGAAAGGGUGGGGGAGGGAGAUAAUUGAGACCUUUCAGGGUGUAAUAGCCAGGAAGAACCAGUUAAACAGAAGGGGGUGGGGGGGUGGGAAUAAAACUUUAAAGUGACAUGUUUUUCAGGUUAGAGACAAAGACGGGCGUGUAAAUGCAAGAUUUCUGCUGCAAAAAAAUAUAAAAAACCGGUUAUAAGCAGAAGCGAAGUUUUCUCUAAAAUGCUAAACUGCCUGUGUGCCUUAUGCCAUUUUCUUCCCUUCCAAUCCUCGCCCCCAUGUUAUUUUCAGCACCUCUGAACGUUUAAUAAAUUUAUGUAGGAUGUUCAAGUAGCCAAGAGAGAAAAUGGUCCCUUCCCAAGUCAGAGACAGCUGCAAAAUGUCACCAAAGCACGUGGCUACGGUUUCCAUUGACAGGAACAGCAGGGUUGAUUUUCGGCCUGUUGCCAGUGAUUGUUGCUACAUGCACACACCCACACACACGCAAAUAUACACAGACACAUAAACAACUGGCGGAGCAAAACGGACCCAAGCACCAAAUCGAAGAACAAAGAAGGUCUCUGUAUCCCGUUGCAGAAUUGCUCUCCGACCACACCUAUUAGUACUUUGCCCGUCUGGCGUAUAUAUAUAGAGAGAGAGCAUCCUUGCGCUGCCUCUUCAGAUGACAAGAAGAUCCAGGCACUUCCAGAAGCCGCUCGCUGAAGACAAUCCCCAGAAAGAUCCACGAAAAGGAUCCUCAAACCUCCAUCCUCCAAAAAAGAUCCAGCUGUUCCCAUGCAGUUUUCCCCACCACCACCUUUGAAAUCCAGGAUGGGGCAGGAAUCCUUUACCCUCCAUUUCCUGAAGGUGCUGAAGGAACUCCUGGCGUUUGUGCUCUUCAGUUACACCGUCUUGUUUGGGGCGCUGUUGUUGGCCGGAUGGACGACUUACUUCCUUGUGCUAAAGUGACACCAUGUUGGGAGUUCUGUCCGGUGCUCUGGAGACCUCAGCCGGACAAAAUAACCCUUUCAUUUUGUUUUGUGAUAAUCCUGAGGUUUCAUUUUUAAAAUCUAUUUCUUGAGUAUCAGAAUCUCGGAGAGUUAUUAAGGCACGUCCUCUCCCCGAUCCAUUUUUUUUUCUUUUGUAAUGUCGCGGGAAUAUCCGUAUUUGAAGCCCAGCAAGUGGCAACAUGCCUUUUAUUUCCUGAUAUUGUUAAACGCUUCGGUGUCGAUUUUUUGCCUGGAUUUGAUUGAACUCUGAAAUGAACUCACUUUUGAAUUUUUUUUUCUUUUUUUAAUGAGGUUUUUAUAUUUCCGGUUUCAGACAGCUUCCUCUUCCAAAAAAACGGCUCAAUAAAAUCAUUUGCAGGUGUAGGAUUGCCUGUGUUAAAUGCUUACAAAAUUAAGUGUAACAACUCACAUUGCUACAUCUUAUAAUGUCUAAGCUUUUGAAAAAAAGGGGGGGGGAAUUGAACAUGUAUACAUAGUCGUACAUAUUCUGAGUGAUUGAUAAAUGUUUACUUGGUAAAAGUUAAGUUAACUGUCUGGUUCGGUUCUGCAACCCAACAAGAAAGACACAGACUUCAGAGGAUAAUUAGAACUGCAGAAAAAACAAUUGCUACCAACCUGCCUUCCAUUGAGGACCUGUGUACUGCACGAAUCAAGAAGAGGGCCGUGAAAAUAUUUACAGAUCCCUCACAUUCUGGACAUAAACUGUUUCAACUCCUACCCUCAAAACGACGCUAUAGAGCACUGCACACCAGAACAACUAGACACAAGAACAGUUUUUUCCUGACGGCCAUCACUCUGCUAAACAAAUAAUUCCCUCAACACUGUCAAACCUAAAUCUACACUACUAUUAAUCUCCUCAUCGUUUUCAUCACCAAUCUCUUUCCACUUAUGACUGCAUGACUGUAACUUUGUUGCUGGCAAUCCUUAUGAUUUAUAUUGAUAUAUUGACCAUCAUUUGUGUUGUAAAUGUUGUACCUUGAUGAACAUAUCUUUUCUUUUAUGCACACUGAGAGCAUAUGCACCAAGACAAAUUCCUUGUGUGUUCAAUCACACUUGGCCAAUAAAAAAUUCUAUUCUAUUCUAAUCUAACAACAAAGCUGCUUUGUAUUGUUUUACAUUUCUUAUUAAUAAAAUUUAACAUACGCUUUAACUCCAAUUCUUUGCGUAGCAAAAGUAUGCUGUACAAGUACAGAUAUUUUGUCUGAAGCUCCUGAGUGGUUGAGUUUCUCUGCAAGGGAAAUGAAUUGCCCAAUAAUUGAGUUAUUGGUGGGUUUCUAGCUCAGGCUGAUUUACCACCCAGCUUGCUGACUUGAAUAACGUUAAUGCCUGUUUUGGCUUGUGCAAAGCUGCCUGUUUGAACCGUGUAUGCAUAAAAUCAGAGGAUUCAGAAGAGUUUAAUUCUGACCUCAAUAUCAAGUUAAUAAUAAUUUAAAGUGAGUUUUUAUCAGCUGCAAACAUAAGACACUAAGGUAGAUCUUGCAAGCCAAUUAAAAAUGUAAUGAGUGAAAUGCUCAGGAUGCCUUAUAUUGGAAUGUACAAAUAAUGCUAUUGUUUAAUUAAUAUGUUUAAGCUUAUAAAUGCCAAACACUAUAAUAAAAAUAAUUAUAGAAAUAAAAAUAAUUAUUAAAAAUAAUUUUAAAACA